AUGCCUAAAUCUCAAUUUAGUCUUAUACCGCAGAGAUUUCAAUUACACGAUGCACCCAAUAAAGAUGAAUUUGGAGAGAAAUUUUGGCCGUAUCUUGUCAUUGCAUCCCAACUGACUGGGAUCUUAAUUGUGGCGCUAUUAUUAAUUUGGCUAAUCAGUGAUUUAGGCGGAUUUGGUUGGGAUGGCACUGCUGCUCAAUUUAAUGUUCAUCCACUCUGUAUGGUGCUUGGCAUGAUUUUCAUUAAUGGUGAAGCUGCACUAUCAUAUCGAAUCUUUCGAAAUGACCGGAAAGUCGUCAUCAAGGCUGUGCACGCAAUUCUGCAAGCUAUCACAUUUAUCUUAAUAGUGAUUGGCUUGGUUGCUGUUUGGCAAUUUCAUAACCACAAUAAAUUCAACAACAUGUAUAGCUUUCACAGCUGGUGUGGAUUAAUAACCGUCUUAUUAUUUAGCUUACAAUUGACAAUAGGAGCUGUUAUGUUUAUAUUUCGUAUAACUGGAGAAAGAAUAAGAAGUUAUUAUCUUAAACUGCAUGUCUACUUUGGUUGUGCAAUCUUUGUUAUGGCUAUCGCUACUUGCCUGCUUGGGAUUAACGAAAAACUCUUUCUCAAGUAUCCUCAUUCGUAUUCAAAUCUGCCAUCUGGUGCAGCAAUGGGCAACUGUCUUGGCUUAGCAAUUUUAACUUUUGGUCUCAUAGUUAUAUACAUGCUAUCCAGUCCGAUCUAUAAGAGAAAGCCUGAACCUGGAAACUACAGUUUAUCUGCACUAGGAGGGGAAGAAAGUGAGGAAGAUCCUAUCAAAGAUGGCUAG